GACAGUGGUCCUCUCGGUAGAGGAAACUGAAGUCAAACUCCAUUGUUAUGGUGAGGCCUCCUCCAGACACAGGCCUGAGCACAUCUGAGCACGAGAGCCAUAAAUAUUAGAGAUUCCAGCAAAAGGACCAACAAGAGUAAGUCUGGAAGAAGAGCUAUCCCUGGUGACUGAGACCAGGACUCAUACCAUGCAAGGGCAGAACACAAAGCCAAUCAUCCCGAAGGUCCGGUAUCACCCAACCAUCCAGGAUCCUGCAAAUGGAGAACAGACCAAGACCAGGACCAGGCAGGCUCCAAGGGCUGGACGGGUUCAUGUGCGCCUCCCUCAGACAGUCCAGGAGAACCCUCAGGCUGAUCCGCAACCUUCUGCUCAGAAACCCAAAAAGAAACUGUCCCAGAGAGCGGCCCCAAAGCCAGAUGCUCCUCAGAGAGUAGCCCCGUCCACUGAUGGCACCCCACCCACUCCUGAGGAGGUCCCCCUGGGUGUGGAUGUGGGCCUGGACACGCAGGUCGUGGAGCAGGUGGAGGCUCUGACCCGCGGACAGAGGACCAAUCAGGACUGGUUCUCCUGGAGGAAGAACCGGAUCACGGCCUCCAUGGCUCACAGCGUCGCUCACAGCCGCUUCGCUAACCGAAGGAGCCAAACUCCGCCCACCUCCAUCCUGACAGCAAUCACAGGUGAGAGCCAGGGCAUCCAGACCAGAGCAAUGAGCUGGGGCAUUGAGAACGAGUCUAAGGCGGUCCGCAGGUACCAGGUGAAGAAGAGCGCCGAAGUGGGUUGCUCAGUCUCCGUUCAGGACUGCGGUUUGUUCAUCCACCCUCAGCGAGCCUGGUUGGCGGCGAGCCCUGAUGGCAUCGUGACGGACAGCCAGACAGGUAGAUGGCUGUUCUGCCUGGAGGUGAAAUGUCCCUACAAACACAGAGACAGACGAGUCGAGGACGCCUGCAGGGAAGACCCGGCCUUCUGCCUCGAAAUACAGGAUGAGAGAGGACGGCAGCCUGACGGGCCCCCCACCUACCAUCUGAAGGAGUCUCACAGUUACUUCACACAGAUCCAGUGUCAGCUGGCAGUGACAGGCCUGAAGCAGGCUGACCUCGUCGUCUUCACUCGGAAGGAGACGGCCAUCAUCCCGGUGAAAUUUGAUUCCGACCUGUGGGAGGAGACGUUGUCCAAACUGGAGGUGUUUUACCGGGACGCCGUUCUGCCUCACCUCAGAGAGAAGAAGCAGCAGGAACCAGGAGCAGCUUGGACACCGGAGCUGUAGAGUCAUUGGUGCUAUCAUGGGCCUUAUUUGGCCCACCCAGAACCAGGUCUACAGUAGUCUCAGUUAACCAGGCUUAAAUUCCCAAGGGCAGCACUGAACAAAUCUAACAUCUAACAAGAUCUACAAACAUUUUCUUUAAUCUCUGAGCUUCUGUUACAAACUCACUAAUUUCAUUACAGACGUUUGUGUCAAACAUUAUUAAAGUUUGGAUAACAUUC